UGCAAGGUUCUCCACACCAAAGCAUAAGAAGUAAAGGAUAGAUACCAAGUCAUAGUCUUAGAGAGAGAGAUGGAGUUGAAGGCAUUGAUGAAGGUAGGUUUGUUGCUGUUCCUCAUGGGGUUCACAGCAACUACUGUGGACGCUAGCUUCGAUCCAAGUUCAUUCAUCUCUGAGGUUCUCCCUAACGGUGAUGGGAACUACUACAUGAAGUCGACAACAACAGCAUGCUGUGAUAGGUGCGUGUGCACAAGAUCAAUUCCUCCCAAGUGCCAAUGCAAAGAUGUUGGUGAAAGCUGCCACUCAGCUUGCAAGUCGUGCCUUUGCACGCGCUCCAUUCCUCCCAUCUGUCGUUGCAUGGAUACCACCUACUUUUGCUAUGUCAAGUGUGACUCUUCUCAAGCCAUGACCCACUUGGAAUGAGCACGUUUCUGCAUGGAGAUGUGAGACAAAGCCACUUAGGCUUUGUUUUCGUGUAUGUAUGCAUGCAUGAGUAAAUAACUGUUUGUUGAAUGCCAAUGACAUGGCUUAGCAUUUUGUUUUACUGCAAAUUGCUGGUCAUGCUCUCUUUCUUUUAA